AAAAUUAUCAAGGUUAACGCAGCUUUUUUGAGGAAGAGGAAUUAAUUCGAAAAUGGUUCAAAUAGAAACUUUUUAUUCGUUUUUAUAAAAUAAAUGUUCGAUAUUAAAUUCGCGAGUGUACUUAAUAUGAUAUCUAGUCUUCAAAACUGAAUCUUGGUACAAUUCGUAAAACUAUUUUCAAGUGAAUUCAAUCAUGGUGCUUUCUGCAAGAAUUUUUUCUCGCGUUAUUGGUCAACAGUUGAGUAAUGUUCGAUACAGCAGCAACGCGUAUUCGGCUACGAGGCCAAAUUUAAAACUCACUGCCAGUACUAAAGUUAUUUGCCAAGGUUUCACCGGUAAACAGGGCACUUUCCAUAGCAAACAAGCAUUAGAAUAUGGUACAAAAGUCGUCGGUGGUGUUUCACCUGGCAAAGGUGGUAAAACACAUCUAGACCUACCCGUAUUUAAUUCCGUCAGAGAGGCGAAAGAUGCCACUAAUGCUGAUGCUACCGUUAUUUACGUACCUCCGGCAGGCGCUGCUAAAGCAAUCAUCGAAGCUAUCGAAGCUGAAAUGCCUUUGAUUGUAUGUAUUACCGAAGGUAUCCCACAACAGGAUAUGGUUAAAGUAAAACAUCUAUUAGUUAGACAAAAUAAAUCUAGAUUGAUUGGCCCAAAUUGUCCCGGUAUCAUCGCCCCCGAGCAAUGUAAAAUCGGUAUAAUGCCCGGCCACGUGCAUCAAAAAGGAGUAAUUGGUAUCGUAUCACGGUCGGGUACUCUGACGUAUGAAGCAGUUCACCAGACAACGCAGGUCGGAUUAGGGCAAACUCUAUGCGUUGGUAUUGGCGGUGAUCCGUUCAAUGGUACCGAUUUUAUUGACUGUUUAGAAGUAUUUUUACAAGAUCCAGAAACCAAGGGUAUUAUUUUGAUAGGAGAAAUUGGAGGAGUUGCCGAAGAAAAUGCCGCCGAUUAUUUAACACAGUACAACUCAGGUCCUAAUGCUAAACCAGUGGUUUCAUUCAUUGCUGGAUUAACCGCACCUCCUGGAAGACGUAUGGGUCACGCCGGAGCUAUUAUUUCGGGUGGAAAAGGAGGAGCUCAAGAUAAAAUUAACGCCUUAGAAAAAGCCGGUGUUGUUGUGACGAGGAGUCCUGCACAAAUGGGUACAGAAUUAUUGAAAUGUAUGCGACAGAAAAAUCUCGCCUAAAGCCUCGGUUGUUAUUAUUAUUUUACUGCGUCGGGAUUAUUCUCUAAGAUUUAUCUCUCUCUUUCACUGGAACAAUUUGCACACCGCGUUUUGUACUUUUUAUUUCAUGUAAUAUCGUUACAUUUUUCUGUUUUGUUGAAUUUGAAUGCUUUUUUGAUGUAUUAUGUACUCGUAUAUUGUACGAAUAUUUAUUACGUAAUUAUUAUUCUAACGUAGUUGAAAAAAAAAAUUGAAAUAAAUAUUGUCUUGCUAAAUUCCAGCGAAA